AUGCCGUCGCGUUCGCGGCCUACGAGUUCAACGCCUCGCGGAUUCAGCCAGCAAUUCCGUUUGAAUCGCCAACGCACUGAGACCGAAGCCUUGCUCGCGUCGCAACACGACGAAGAAGAUCAUGCCGACAGCGAUGGACUGUAUCCCCCUCACUGCACUUGGACAAGGAACCAAGCCGGACCACCCCGAGCGGCAGAUCUCUACCGGAAUGCCGACUGCAAUGUCUAUGAGAAUAUCCUCCGCAUUCGGAGGGAUAUCACCAAUAGCAUCGACGACCCGUACUCGCUCGAGCAAUUGAAAGCACCCCGAAUGAACAUCUCCGUUGUCCGACCUUUGGUCGACUCCCUCUACGAAAAGCAGGAUCUCUCGUCGACAGUGUAUUGCCUUCUGGUCAAUCGAAUGCAAUUCAUCCGGGAACAAUCAUAUGCGACCCACCAUCAAACCGUCAAUCUCACCCGAGCACUCCUUUGCGAGCUGGUGGCCGAAAAGAUCCUACGUCGAUACAACGAGGACAAUCCCGGCCCCCGAGGUCUCCUUAAAUUAGCCAACAUUCUUGUCGCAGGCUUUGAGCCUUUCCAAGGGGCCCCGGAAGCAGUGCGCAAGAAAAACCCCCAUGCGAUGCAUUGGGCCGCAGAAAGAAUCGGCACCAAGGUCGAGCGGAAGCUGACCGCUCUGGAAGUUGCCAUCGUGAGUGCCAGCAAAAGCUUCCUGGCCAGCAGCGCCUGUCAGAAAGUAGUCGAUGCCAUUUACCGAGGAAAACUGGUUUAUACUCCCAGUAGCUUCAUCGAUAUCAUUCCCGAUCAUUGGAAGCGGAGGCCGAUUUCUCUAUAUGACCCCCGACGAGCACCGUUGUUGAAUCAAUAUCGGCUUAUUGUGCCCCGAACGCGGAAUCUCAUUGAAGUUUGCCAAUUCAUGGUUCUUCUUGGGUUGUAUAUUGUCGUCAUGGCAGAGCGAGAAUCUCGAAUGACUACCGAGUAUAAGCUUGUUGAAGCAAUAUUUGACAUUUACGGCGCUGGUUGGGUGCUCGAUCAAUUUGCCUCCAUUCUCGAACAUGGCUGGGGUGUGUACACCCAAAAUUUAUGGUCAUUCUUGGAUGUCAUGUUCUCGGGAAUCUUUUUGUCAUAUCUCGUUUUGCGACUUCAUGCUUUCCGGGUAUCGGACCAAGAAGAAUCCAUUCAUUUAGCUCGAACGGCUCUCGACAUUCUCAGUUGUGGAGCACCGGUGCUCAUUCCUCGAUUGGCGUUUAAUGUCAUGUCGGAGAACAUGCUGUUUCUCUCCCUGCGAGCCAUGAUGUCUGAUUUUCUCACCCUCACGGCCUUGGCGGUGUGGUGCUUCGCUGGGUUCCUGUUGAGCCUCAAAUGGCUGCAUGCGGGAGCUCAUCAGUCGAUCACAAUCGGCAAAUGGAUGAUUUGGAUCUGGUUCGGUCUUGAUGGCACGGGUAUAGACGAAUCUGUCGACUUUCAUUGGCUUCUCGGACCGGUCUUGAUGGUGUUGUUCGCAUUUCUCGGAAAUACACUCUUUUUAACCAUCCUCGUCUCGAUGUUGACCAACACGUUCAGUGGCAUUGUGAGCAACGCCGUGCAAGAGAUACAGUUUCGCCGAGCUGUCCUGACGUUCGAAGGCGUCAAGUCCGACGCAAUUUUUGCAUACAUUCCACCAUUCAAUAUCCUGGCGCUGAUCGUUAUGCUUCCGUUGAAAAUGAUGAUAUCGGAGAGAAUGUUUCACAAAGUCAACGUCGCAGCUGUCCGAACCCUCAACAUGCCCACUCUGUUGAUCAUUGCACUCUACGAAAGAAGAACCUUGUGGAUGUCCGAUAAAAAACGAUCAUUCAAGGCGAAGAGAAUUGACUGGAAGAAUCCUAACGGUCCCAAGGCCACAAACUCGCAGUACUGGGCUAUCUCAAGAUUCAGCGUCCAUGGUGAUAUCCAUGCAGUUUUCGACAUUGACCCACCACAAUCAGUUUUAGACAAAAUUGCGGAAGAAGAUGAUUUGGAUCCUGACGACGAGGGCCUGGGAAGAGCGUCAACCCCCCAUUUGAACGAUCAAUUUAAUUAUCCCCCUCCAUCAAGACGUGGCAGUCAAGCCAUUGAUCCAAACAGAAGGGUUUCGGUGAACCCAAGGGCAAUGAAGAAACGAAGGAGAGAAUCAAAAGUAUCUGAGAAUCUGAGAGAGGAAUUCAGGGAUUCAAGCGAAGAUCAAUCCGGAGCCGAUCAUCCACCCGGAUACAGAAAACCGAAGCGUGGCGAGAGGAUGGAUUCGAUAAUCGACCUGAAUGAUGAUCACAAUAGUCGCCUACUAGAGGCGACGGCCCGAUUGCAUAAGAUGGAAGAAGCAAUGAAGCGAAUGGAGGCGAUGCUGUCGCGGCUGCUUGAUGACGGGGCCAGUUCGGAGAAUAGCCAGGCACAGGAAGAAUUGGCGGAGGAGUUGCGAACGAAGUCUAUCAAGUAA